AACACUCAGUGGAAUACAGCUAUUUUGCCGUCAACACUGGCCAAGGAUGUGUGCAUGCCCGUCUUUACGAUAAUCGUUCAUGUGACCAUUCAUCUGAUACAAUCUAUGUCCUAAUGGAACUUCCAUUCACUUCUAAAUGGUUCAGCUGUCAGCCAUGUUGAACUACAGUCGCGCAAGGAUGGGAAGGAGGGAUAUUGUGAUUGAACAGUUGUGAAGUAAGCAGUGUGGGUUGGUAGGGCUGUACAUGGUGGCUGGUUGAUACGGCGGAGAGACUGAGGGUUACUCUGAGAGGAAGAUAGACCUGAUCCGGCUGUACCGAUUCUGUACUGGUUCCACUACGAGUAUGGCAGAAUGUCUGGCUCUACUGUACCGCUGUAACAUGGAGCUACCUCCUCAAAAGUCAGAGACAGAGACGUCUAAAGUGCUGAAGCUGGACCAAAUGGCAGAGGACGACCAGAAGGACAAGCCCGGGAAGGUGGAGGACAUUAAGGGAGAGUCGCGGCUUAGUAUUGAGGAGUUUGAGUGCGGGGUGCAGUUUGAGGGCUCCGAAAAUUCCAAACAAGAAUGGUCCUUCACGUUAUAUGACUUUGACGGGCAUGGCAGAAUCACUAAAGAGGAUCUAGCCAGCUUACUCAAAGCUCUGUACGAUGCUGUGGGAUCCUCGAUCAAGUUGCCACCAAACGGCACGAAGACGCUGAAGCUACGUCUGACAGUAGGCCAGGAUAAUACUCAGAUUCAGGUACAGAGGGCCUCUCCCACAAAGGGAAAGGAGAACGGAAAGUCAAAAGAAAGCAAAACCAAAGACUCAAUCAGAAUCAAAGAAUUGUCGAAACUGAAUAACUUUAUGCAGCCAGGCUCUGCAAAAGUGAACAAUGAGACCCAGAGUGCGGCAGCAGUAACUGGAACAAAGACUACGACAACUACAACGACGACGACUCGCAACCAGUUGAGUCUGGAGGACCAGCAGCAGUUGGUGGAGCUGGUACAGGAAAACAUGGAGAGGAACCACAUUAAACAGCUCAGACGUCACCACAGCGACUGUCGUAACAUGAUGGAUCAUCAGCACCACCACAAGCGUCGUCAUAGAAACCAUUGCUCACAUGAAGAUCGACCAAAAGAGAGUCAGGAUCGAAGGAACUACUACCUUGACCUUGCUGGGGUGGAGAACAAUACGUCAAAGUUUCAGAAUAAUCCUACCGUGCCCACAGCAGGAUCGGGUUUUGUGCAAACUGGCCACCACAGGUCAAGGUCACAUGAUGUGACCAAAAAAUUUGACAAUGUGAAAAGAGAAUCUGAACGCUUAGCAAAACAUUUAGAAGGUUCAAAACCUGACCACCCAAGGUCAAGGUCAUUUGACCCCCAGGAAAAAACGGCUGUAUGUUCCCCGAAAGGACAUUCGAAAAACCCCUCCUCCCCUCACAAGCACAGCAGCAAGUUCCGACCGGUUAGCCUACCAGCACAUGUGCCCGCUACAGUGUCGCCCCAUUACCAUCGGCGCCAUCGACACAGAGAGAAGGACCAUGGACUGGCAAUGCAACAAGUUGCAGAGUGGAUUGAACGGGAGCACGCAUGGGAGAUGGAGGGAGAGCACGUGAUGGUGCAGCGUCAUGAACAUCACCACAUACAUGAGCAUCACCAUCACCAUCACUACCAUCACUAUUAUGAAGCAUGACAACCAGCCCGCCCACGGAAGAGAACAUGCAACAGACUCAACAAAAAUAAAUAUUUAUUUUUUUUGUGCAUUUAAGCACUGCCAUAUUGGCCAGUGAGAUCUUCAUAACGAGAUCACAUGCAUUUCUUACUACUUUUUCGCCACAAUGCAACCGUUGAGUCUCUGUACAAAAACACUCUGCCAGUCCUCAAAAGGGCAACAUGAAAUCCCAUGAUGCAUUUGUGAAGUGACAUCACUUCCUGUCUGGAACAGGGAAGACUUUUUGUGUUGUCAUUAUGACGUGGGUUACUGCCUUCUUGAUUCUGAUUGGCCGAAAGUGACCUUGACUUUGGCCACUGCUUGUGUUCUGGGCAUGAGCAGAAUGGCUCAAUCUACCUCUUGCAAGAUUAUGUUUCUAUUCUCGUUUGCUAGCAUUCACGCCAGUUGUACAGAAACCGGACAUGUGAAUAUUGUACAUUAUGUAUGUAGUCUAUAUUUAUGCACUCAACUUCAGUAUCAACUAUACCUCGGCCUAUUGCUAGUCAGGGUGUAUAUUUUUGGCCGAGAUCGUUAUUGAAAAAUAUGUUGUGUGAAAAAUGUGCAUGUACAAAGGAACAACUUACUUCAAUGGAUAUUUGUGCAGCCAAUCCCCGGACGAUAUGUUGUGAACUGUUGUAAAACUAAGUACAAAGUUCUGAGGGAAAUCCAAUUUUGUUGAUUAUCUUCAAGAGGUGUAAAUUGCCUUCUGAGUUUACAUGCAAAGUUGAUCGUUUUGUUAAGAUAAAAUCUAAUCAUGAUAUUUGAUGACCCCAUUUACUGCCGUUAAUGGUUUGAAGGCAUAAUCCAAAUUGUUGUGUAAUCGUUUAGAGGUACACCUUUCCAUAUUGGAGACGUCACAAGGUUAUGUUUGUUAUGGAAUAUGUUCAUGCAAUGCCUGAGUUAAAGAAAUGUCAUGUAGUUGGAUUGUGAAGUCUGUUUCAAUCUCAAGAGGCCAGUCUGUUCGUAGUCCCAGUGAUAACAAAGUUGUAACAAACUGGGCUUCGUCUCUGAAUAAUUACAUCCCAUUGCGAGCAUUAUGAUAGUCAUGUUUCAGCUGUUUUACAAAUGUUUCAUCACUUUGCUUCCUGAAUGUAGACUGUUCAAUCUCCUGUAUAAUAUUGGGCCACAUCUAAUUAUUGUGUUUUCAUCAUUUUCUUUGUUAAUUUAAUCAGUUUCAUAUUUCCAUAGUAACAAACACAAUGUGUGAAUGCUGUACUUCACUGUAAUAUUUGAAACAAACCUAUACAAGGCUGUAGUCACAUGUGCUGGAGAUGAGAUUAUUUAAGUGAAUAUUUGAGAAUUCCUGCUCAAAAUUGUGUUGUCUGUGUAUCAGAAAACUGACUUCAUUCAACAGGAAUAGACACAGCCCAACCAACCGAAGCACUGAUUUCUCAGUAAGUCCAGGAUUCUAUUCUUUAACAUAUCUUUUUGAAUUCAAAUUAACUAAUCAAAAUUGCUUAUAGUUUGAAACAAACAUUGAAAAACAAUUUCCACAGAUGCAGAUUAGAAUAAGUUUUGAUUGUUGAGUUAUUUCAUUUUCACAAAAUGGUGGUCUCUUUCAGCAUCUGUAACAAUAGCCUUGAUUGGCUGACUACUAACUAGAGAACUAGGGUGCUCAUUUUUGAUUGGCUGUUGUUCUGCCUGGUCUAUGUAGUGAUUUUUCUUCCUGGUUUGAAAGGUAUGUGUUUUGAUGCUUUAAUAUUGGUUCCAGACUGUCUGGAUGUAAGCACAGGAUACCAUUCUGUGUGUCGGUGUAGAUUCUCCAUCUUCAACUCUUAGCAUAUUUCUAAAAACUCAGAUUAUUAAAAAAUUCAGAUUAUUAUCCUUUCAUGCUGGCCACAAGAUCAGAAUAGAACAUGAAGUCAGAGACCAUAUAAUACAUGGUCUCUGAUGAAAUGUUUUGAAAUUUAAGAACUAAUUAAUCAUUCAUAUAUAUAUAUAUUAUGAGAAUGGUUUUACUAAGCAUUAGAACAUUUCCUAUUUCAGUUCAUAACUUGGCAAAACAUACACAGAAAUGGUAUUAUUUAGUUUGAAUAUUUUGUAAAAAUAUUGCAAGAUGAAAGAAUUUUGUAAUUGAUAGAAUCAGGCUGUGUUGAGGAAUCAUUAUUCCUGAUACAGUCGCACAACAUAGGUAUUUUGACUGAGGUUGUUGAUGCACAUUGUAUAGAAUUGAUGAUGGAAGAUUCAGUGAGAGAGAGGCACCUCCUCGGUUUGUGUACUACAGACUGUUUAUAAUACCCUUGUACUCACAAUCUACCAGAAAAAAUAAAAGGUUUUGUUGACAUCCAA